AUGACUCUUAUGACCAGAAUCUUCUGUCUGCUUCCUCAAAGUAUCUUGGAGUUUUUUCACCAUCAGCUGAAGGACAUCGUUGAAUAUGCAGAAUUGAAGACUGUCUGUUUCCAGAAUUUGCGGGAAGUGGGAAAUGCCGUCCUGUUUUGCCUUCUCAUUGAACAGAGUCUGUCCCUGGAGGAGGUGUGUGACCUGUUGCACGCAGCACCGUUCCAAAAUAUCCUGCCCAGGGUUCACGUCAAAGAGGGUGAAAGACUUGAUGCUAAAAUGAAGAGACUAGAAUCAAAAUAUGCUCCACUACAUUUGGUUCCUCUCAUUGAAAGACUAGGAACGCCCCAGCAAAUAGCAAUCGCGAGAGAAGGGGACUUGCUGACCAAAGAACGUCUUUGCUGUGGCCUGUCCAUGUUUGAGGUUAUCCUGACGAGGAUCCGCUCCUUCCUGGACGAUCCCAUCUGGCGCGGGCCCCUGCCCAGCAAUGGGGUGAUGCACGUGGACGAGUGCGUGGAGUUCCAUCGCCUGUGGAGCGCGAUGCAGUUUGUCUACUGCAUCCCCGUGGGAACGCACGAGUUCACUGUGGAGCAGUGCUUUGGAGAUGGCUUGCACUGGGCUGGCUGUAUGAUCAUUGUGCUCUUGGGACAGCAGCGUCGCUUUGAUGUGUUGGAUUUCUGCUACCACCUGUUGAAAGUCCAAAAGCAUGAUGGCAAAGACGAGGUUAUAAAGAACGUGCCUUUGAAGAAAAUGGUUGAGCGAAUUCGCAAGUUCCAGAUUCUGAACGACGAAAUAAUUGCUAUUUUGGACAAGUAUUUGAAGUCCGGCGACGGAGAGAGCACGCCUGUGGAACAUGUGCGCUGCUUCCAGCCACCUAUUCAUCAGUCCCUUGCCAGCAACUAGACUUCCUGCCUAAUGAUACUUUUUGCACCUAUUUAGGCUAAAAGUAUGAGACAAACCCAACACACCCACACCAACAGUUUUAAGGAAUACUCUCAUCUGCAUUUUUCGGUAUGCCUGUGCCAUUUGAGCGAUGCACUGUCCUCUUCAGUCGCCAAGCACAGUAACUGUAUACAAUCCAUACUUAUUUUUCUAGACUAAAAUUUUAUACGCUUUGAUUAAAAAAAACAAACAAACCUGCGACUGUAAAAGAUUUUUGAAAUAUCUUUGCAUUCCUGUACUGAGGUGGCUGGUUUAGACUGGACUGGCACAAUGUUCCCCAAAAAGCUAUGAAAUAAUAGCUGUGGAGGAUAAGAAA